AAAAAAAGGCAUAUUAUUGUGUUGAGGACGUGGAAGCAAGCAGCAAUUGCCGGAACCAUCUGUGUCCCUUCUUUUCCGCUUUUUUCAUACACAUCUUUUCGCUGCCAACAUUCACGUAGAUGCCCCAUGCCAGCGCCUGGUCCCGCAAAACAUCCAGAAGCCACUCUUAUUCGACCUGUCGGCUCUCGCUUCUCAACACGUUCACUCUUUUCCCGUACCUCGUGCUUCGUGUUUCGCCCGUUGAAAAAAGACAAGCCCGUUGCAGUCAAUCCGCCUCUCCGCUGAAUCUGAGAAGUGACGUUGUCGUCCGUCGGCCUGUCUGCCGCGCCAUCGCCUCCAGUUUUGUGAAUGCGUCCUCUGUGUGUGGUGAUGUUUCUAGGCGAAUCCAUUUUUGUCGAUGUUUGCGUGUUUGCGUGUUUGCAAUGAUGUGUAUGUGUAUUCGCGUCAUGUGGUUGUAAGUGUCUUUCGUGCGUGUUCGGUGAUCUUGCGUCACGUGAGUGCGGCGUUUCGAGUCCAGGAGAGGUUCCGAAGAGUCAAGACAGAAAGGCGACUCACCGUCACACUUGCAGGGGCAUUCACCUCUCCGCAGUGACAUGGUUUCGUGGCACAUUCCUUGGCGUGAAGCGCUCUCGGGAGUCGCCCGUUACCCGCGUUCUGAGGACUCUGGGGUUUCUCGUCUGUCCCCACUGUCAGGCACCCCCAUGUUCCAUUUUCGUCUACCAUCGUGCGUGUUCCAGCUCCCCAAUUUCUUCGUUGCUCACUCCCGCAGUCGCUGCAGCCCCUGCGCGCUUUAAGAAAAACUGUUCCAUAAUAACCCCAUGCGUGCCAGUUCCACCGCUUUAGCAUCUGUGGGUUAUUUCCGCUCACAUCCCACGUCACACUGGGAAUCUGCUUGUAUAUACAUUGCUUUUCUGUCGCACCAUUUCCGGCGUCGGCACAUGGCUGUGAGAGCAGAUUUCCUCUCUGGAGAGUCAAUCCUCGCGCUGCGUCGCGUUACUCCGUGUAGCAGCUUGGGAGGCAAGGACAUCACGCUGUGUCUGCGCUUCACUCUUCUGUCUGUGUUUAAGGGUUGUUUCGCCCACUGCGUAUGUCGAGAAAGACGCAAGAACAGCAAUCUCUCCUUCUUCCUUUAACGGACAUGCAUUUGCAUUAUGCACUGGUGUAUACCUUCCUGUGUACCAGCACUCAGGAUAUCUAUGAGUCUAUUCCGGGCACACCUUGUCUUUUACAGGGUGUGAAUUUUCUCCCACUUUGCCAAAAAUUCUCCGGUUUAGCAAAUUUCUGGAUCGAUAGUUGACCAAGCCAACGACUACCCCUUCACAACUCCAGUCAGUACAGUUCAGGCGUAUUAGUGUGCAUGUAUAUAGCUAGAUCAAUAGGCGCUAGCAAUACUUUGCGCCAGCGAAGCAAAUACCUCAGGCGGCAACCUUCGCACGGUGAAUGUGCUCUGCCUGCUUGGCCAGAAGACGGAAUUGACACGCUUCCGUGGUGAAGAAGAACAGCCGAGGACCUGCACCUCUUUCGUUCUCCGCUUUCCCUCUUCGCCUGUUUCCUUUUGAGAGACGCCGCCAGUCGGUGUCUGUUUUUUUAUCAUUUGUGGGGUAACCUCCCGCGUCGGAAGCCUAUAUAUGCGUGUAUUCAUGUACAGUCGGCACCUCUGAAGGUUCAAGAACGCAUCUUUCGAAUUCCCGACCAAGUGGGCCAGCGGAACUUUCAGACUCCUCUCUGCAGAUCCCAACAGGGUCUUUGCUGGCCGCCUUGGUUGUUUGAAAAAGCGAAGCAGCGUCUGUCUAGAUAAACCAUGCACUCCCUUUAAUCAAAAUAGCCAGCCAUAGGUUGUGACGAGCCUGUCCCGGCGAACUGGAAACGGCGACUGUUUUGCCUCGGAAACGAAGAGAACUGCGACACCAAUAUCAGCUGAUGUGUAUGGUAGCGUAAAGAAAUACGUGUACAGUGGUCUCGUUCACAAGCACACAAAAAAGUCGGCGCGGCUUGGACAGAGGGUGGCUGUGUGGUGGCGCCAUCUUUUCGUGGCGCCGACUUCCGUGACGGGUCGUGGGCUUCCAGCUCGAGCGUUUGGAUCCUGCAAGCUUAAAUUUGGAGAGUGGCUCGGUUUUGGGGAGCACACGCGCAGUCGCGACGUUUUCGCCCGUGGCGUGGUCUGUGCAGGGACGGCGAGAGGCUGCGUCAGCAUCCCGAAUUUUGGUCACUCGGCGGGUGACGAGUCGCGGUCUUUGCCCCACUCUCCGCGUUUCGUGUGACAAAACAGACCGAAUUUCUAACGCAGAGAACGCCUGUGUUUUUCGGCACGCGCGGGCGGCGUUGAGAACGAGACAGAGAUAUAUGAAGUAUAUUUCUGGUCUUUUGGUGGGGGAGGAAAUGUUUUGAGGCGUCUGCCGUUUUCUCCUCCGUCUUCGGUCUGUUUCUUCCGCCUCCACUUUCUCGCUGUGUGGCCCGCCGCCUCUCCGGUUCUGUCCCUUCGUUCGAUGUUUUCUCGGUCUUUUCCGGUUUUCGUCGAGUGUUCAGCCGUUUCCCACGCCGGAUUUCCAUCCACUGGAGAAGUCCACGCGCCCAAAAAGUUCUUCAAAAACGCGGGAGUGAGCGCCGCUUUUGUUGCCCCAUCAGUGGAUCUCCCCCCCCCCCCUCCCCGCGCCGGCUUUUUUGGCCCAGCCUAUGCGAUAUUUGCAUAUCGUACGGGUAUUUCUGCAUUUGAUCAGCGGUAUACGCGACGUUCUGCGUCUCAACAGUUCGCGUGGUCCGAUUCUCCACGGUUCGCAUUUUUUCUGCAUUUCUGCCCCGUUCCCACGGCGUCGUACCCGGUCCGUGGUUCCCGCAGAAAUCACGCACUUGUCUACGCAGGCGCGUCCCUCCGUCCUGAUAAGGUGUCACUCCCGUGUCCUGCAGAUAUCCUGUUCUUCGUGACAUUUCGGGAAGGAAAAACGCAGGGGUCGUUUCCUCCAAGCCGAAAUCUGUGCACUGCGACCGUUAGCUCUCGACUCGUCUUCGCAGUGGUCCACGCGUGCAUCUACCCAGCCAGGGAGUAGACCCUCUGCACAAAGUUGUGGAAUCGACGGAGAAUCUGAGGUGUUCCCUUUUCGCUUCGUUGUCUGUUCCGUUCCCCACCUAACUUUUUUAUUCGCGUCGCACCGUUCAGGAGCAUCCACCCUCCCGUGGCUGGCAGCGCAUCCACAGGCACACCCUUGCCCACGAAGCCGUGUUCAUUUACCAUCUAGAACCAUGGCAACUGCGUCUCCCGUCGUUGCACCGUCCUCGCCGGCUUCUGCUCCGUCCCAGCCGAGCCCGAUGCCCGCGUCGAACGCGGGAGCCGACGUUCCUGCUUCGGGAACUGGAGGCCACCAAGCUGCGGCAGACCACACAGCUGGAAACGCAAAUGUCAGUGGUGGUGUGUCGGGAACGACUACGGCGCCUGCUGGUCAGCGCCCGAACGGCGGAAUGAAUGCGGGCGCGGCGAACUUUGUGUCGCCUUCGCUGUACGUCGGCGACCUGCAUCAGGACGUGACGGAGGCGAUGCUGUUCGAAGUCUUCAACUCGGUGGGUCCUGUCACGAGCAUUCGUGUCUGCCGCGACACGGUCACCCGGCGGAGCUUGGGGUACGCGUACGUGAACUACCAGGGAAUCCAGGACGCGGAGCGCAGCUUGGACACGCUGAACUACACUGUGAUCAAGGGCCAACCUUGCCGAAUCAUGUGGUGCCACAGAGACCCGUCGCUGCGGAAGAGCGGGAACGGGAACAUCUUUGUGAAGAACCUGGACAAGAACAUCGACAACAAGGCGCUGUAUGACACUUUCAGUCUGUUCGGCAACAUCUUGUCCUGCAAGGUCGCCGUUGAUGAUAACGGUCACAGCAAGGGCUACGGCUUCGUCCACUACGAGAACGAGGAGAGCGCGCGGUCGGCGAUUGACAAAGUGAAUGGGAUGCUGAUCGGCGGCAAGACUGUGUAUGUCGGCCCUUUCAUUCGCCGGGCGGAACGCGACAACCUCGCGGAAGCCAAGUACACGAACGUGUACAUCAAGAACAUGCCUUCCGCCUGGGAAGACGAGUCCCGCCUCAGAGAGACCUUCUCCAAGUUCGGCUCGAUCACUUCCCUUGUGGUCAGGAAGGACCCGAAGGGCCGUCUUUUCGCCUUUUGCAACUUCGCUGACCACGACAGCGCGAAGGCCGCUGUGGAGGCGUUGAACGGGAAACGCGUGACCGACGCAGGCGCGAUCAAGGAGGGAGAAGACAGUGGCGCGGAAGAGAAGGAGGAAGAGGGACAGAAGCGCGAGGGCGACCAGAUCUUGUUCGUCGGACCUCACCAGAGCAAGGCGCACCGGUCUGCGAUGCUUCGUGCCAAGUUCGAGCAGAUGAACCAGGACCGCAACGACCGAUUUCAGGGCGUGAACCUGUACAUCAAGAACAUGGACGACAGCAUCGAUGACGAGAAACUGCGUCAGCUGUUCGAGCCAUUCGGCUCCAUCACGAGUGCCAAAGUGAUGCGCGACGAGCGCGGCGUUUCCCGGUGCUUCGGCUUCGUGUGCUUCAUGUCUCCGGAAGAGGCCACCAAGGCGGUCACUGAGAUGCACCUCAAGCUUGUCAAGGGCAAGCCGCUCUACGUUGGCCUCGCCGAGCGUCGCGAACAGCGGCUGAUGCGCCUGCAACAGCGCUUCAGGCUGCCGUCCCUCCGGCCUGCAGCGGCUGCCCUCCCGGGCAACGUUGCAGCUGCCGCAGCAGCUGCCCAGCUGCAGUACGGCGGCGGAGCGCCUCAGCUCCAAGGCUUUGCCGCCGGUCCGGGUGCGAUGUAUGCGCCGCGUCCCCUCAUGGGCUUCUCGCCGCAUCCGCACCAAGUCACUGCGCCCAUGCUGCCCUGGAGACAGCAGCAGGCUGCAGCAGCUGGCGCACAGUUCGCCUCUCAGGGCGUCCCGAUGCGGCCGCAACUGGGCCCCCUGCAGCACCUCUACGGGCAGACAAACGCUGCCGCGGCGGCUGUGGCCGCGGGCAUGCAUGCAGCGGCCGCUGGCGGACCGCCCAUGCAGAUGCUCCAGCAGCAACAGCGCGGUGGCCACCGCGGAGGCAUGGGCCGCCAGGGCGGCGCAGGCCCGGUUCUGAACGGGAACAAGCAACACAUGAUUGGCCCGAAGCCUGGAGCUGGACAGCAGCAGCCUCAGGGCGGACCUGGCAGCUUCAAGUUCACUCCGCAAGUGAGGAACCAGAGACUGGAUCAACAGAUGCAGCCGCCGGCCUCUGUUCCGGCCCCGCACAACCACCACCAAGUGAUGAUGGAGCAGUCUCAGCAGCUCCUCAUGAACCCCGAUGCGCCGCUGACAGCCGCCGCCCUUGCGGCCGCGCAGCCUUCGAUGCAGAAGCAGAUGCUUGGAGAAAAGCUCUUUCCCCUGAUUGCACGCUACCAGCCUGAACUGGCCGGGAAGAUCACGGGCAUGAUGCUGGAGAUGGACAACGCCGAGUUGUUGAUUCUCCUAGAGAGUGAGGCCCAACUAAAGGCCAAGGUGGACGAAGCUUUGAGGGUGCUUCAGCAGGCGAGUUGAAUGCAAAACCGGUGAACCGAAGAGACGCAGAGAGACGCGAAUCCCUCUGGCAUGCGCACCAGGGUUCUUGCCUGACGAUGUUUCCCUGCCUUCGUUCUGUGUCAGUGCUUCGGCUCUGUAAGACGCACUGGUGAUUGCGAGUGUACAGAGAGUCGUGUAGUGACAGGUAGGCAUCGGCCUAGGCUCCGACUGGUCCUGUUCUGUAGAAACAUCUGUUAUUUGAAGGAACGUACGAUGGAGGCGGUUCCUGUGGAAGCCGAGGACCGUGAAGGAAAAAAGGAAAGAGAAGGCGGACAGCUUCUUCCGCACACUCGAGGCAGUCUGUCGGGGUUGGUGAAAGCCAGGAGUGACCGGUGUCGCGGGGUACACAUCUGUACGAAAAACGCGGCACUCGAUUGUGUUCUCUCAGCUUGCGUGUUUGUGUCAUGAUGUCUCCAAGGACGGAGAGGAGGAGUGAAGUGCAAGGUAUGCGACAACGCUGAGAGCGUGUAGUGGAACAUGGGAAGAAAAACGAAUGGAUGACUGCUUGAGCGGUUUUUCGUCGUGGCCACAGCUCGCUAUGCGAUUCAGUGGCGGACGCGUCUUCGGAAUUCGAGGCGGAGUUCGUGAGGAUGGCACAUGCUCGCCGACAGUCUUGCCCAGUCGUCUUCUGUAAGCUGUUUGUUUUGUAGCGGAGAGACUACAAGGUGUUCCGAGUGUCUUCGCGCACUGUUUGGUAGAGUUCCAUUGCCUGGGGGGAGGUCGCUGUGGAACAGGAAGUGGUCAGUAUGUCUGUCGGAUGUAUCGCAAGGAGACAGGCAAUACGGAAGCGAAGAGUGGACUGGGAAAUUGAAGCGACAAGUGAGAGACAUAUUUGGGGAACGGGGUAAGGGUGGUGAAUGAUCGGCUGGUGGGGUUAAUCAGGCGAAGGUUAAGUUCUGCACAUGGUCAACGAAGAGAAAAAGACCAGAGUAUGGGUGAGCUGCACACAUGCACAAGGUUGAGACAAAGAUCGGUAUGGAAGUGAUUAUUUCGCGUCCACUUUGUUUCUCUCCUUGGGUCCACUAGUGUAUUCCCAUAACAGUUGAAUUCCCUUCGACCGUGAACGUAUCCCCUGGGGACAGAUUUGACAUGAGCUGCAUGUGUCGGUUUCUGGGAGUGGGGCAAUCCCUAAUCGCAGGGAGCCCCGGUACAAAAGAGCAGAGAACUGGAGACUGCUCGGCUCCCUCAGUGGGUCGUUUGCUUUCCGUGUGUUGCUUGGAUUACGACAUUUUCCGCCGUCUUUGGAAGCAAAGCAAAGAACUUGGUGCGUCGGCACCACCCUAUGGGCCUUCAAGUUGUAAAGCAGCGGAACAGUUUGAGCGGACGCCGAUUAACCGUAGGCGGGACGCGAGAGAAACGUGAGGUCUCCACGCAGCAAGCAUCAAUAUCGAAAUGGUCAUCGAACAUCAUGUGUUUUCUUAUUACUCGAAUAGCAAUCGUAUGCCUGUCCGAAGGGUCGAGCAACGGCAGGGUUUUGUUUCUUGUCAAAUUUCAGCUGUUCUGCCCAUGAUAAAUACCGAGCACACCCGCGUCAGAUUUAGUAGUAGGAAUAUGCUCUUGCUGUAGUAACAACUUCGCCCAGCAGAGCAAGCCAUCUCAUUCUCAGGUUUAAUUUGCACUAGCUUAGCGAGAGCUGGGGGCUUUUUCUCUUCCCGGAAUUGUCGGUAUAUGCUUGUUUGUUAAACCGGCACGAGUCAUAGAAUCAGCACGUCUUAUGAACGAAGUUCACGGACCUGCAGGGAGAGUGCCUUCGCUGUUCCGUAACCGAUUGUCUCUAGCGGUACGUGUAUCCCGACGUUUUUCUGUUUGCAAAGAUGUGAGCAGAUAGGUCUGGACAGCACAGUCAAUUGAUCAAUUUAAAUGUUCGAGCGAAUAUCGCUUCAGUGCUAAGCAUGAAGGACCCUUGCCAGUCGCAUUUUUUCGGAACACCCCCGUAAAAAAAUCGGGCAAACUGCCGAAGGCGUUUUUAACCGCAAAAGUUGGCAACCGUUA